AUGGACAGCACAAGAGGAAGAGGCAAAAUAAAAGAAGAAAGUCAACAAGGGAAUCGUCAAGUUCUUGGAGACAUUGGUAAUUUGGAGGCGUUUAGUAUUGCGGAAGGGAAGCAGAUUUUGCGGCCAGUUAAAAGGAGGUUACUUGCAAAACUGUUGGAGAAUGAACAAACUAAUCCAGUGUUAGAAGUCCAAGCUAAUGAGCAAGGAGCUGCACAAGGGAAUAAACAUGUAGUCGUAGCUGCACUAGACAAAAAUGCAAUUGUUCACCAGGAACACUAUGUAGAAGAUUUAUUUCACAAGCUAAAUCCUGAGCUUGCAGAUGUGGUUGGUUUUGAAGCUAGAAAAAAGGCUGCUUCAGGAAUCUUGGUUGAAGGUGAGGAUCAGCCUGUUGACAUUGAUGCAAAUGACGCAAAUGAAGUGGUAGUAGCUGAAUACCUUGAUGACAUGUACAAAUUCUAUAAGCUAACAGAAGAAGAUUAUCAAGCUUUGGAUUACAUGAAAUCACAACAUAAUAUUAAUGAGAUGAUGAGGUCUAUCACUGUGGAUUGGCUGGUUGAUGUCCAUAUGAAAUUCAAAUUUAAGCCUGAGACGCUCUAUCUUACUGUAAAUAUAAUUGAUCGAUAUCUCUCAUUAACAAUUGUGUCAAAAGAAGAAUUGCAGUUAGUGGGCAUAGGCUCAAUGCUCCUAGCUUGCAAAUAUGAAGAGAUAUGGUCUCCUCAGGUGAAAGACUUUGUUAGCAUAUCAGAUAAUGCUUACACCAACAAUCGAAUUCUUUCCAUGGAGAAAACAAUUCUUGAGAAAUUAGAAUGGCAUUUAACAAUCCCCACACUCUAUGUCUUUCUGGUUCGAUUUAUCAGGGCUUCUGGUUUGCUAGAUCAGCUGGUAGAGAACAUGGCAUAUUUCCUGGCCGAACUUGGUCUCACGCACUAUAAAGUCGCCAUCUUCUACUGUCCUUCAAUGACUGCUGCAGCUGCUGUCUAUGCUGCUCGCUGCACACUCAAUAGAAGACCUUUCUGGACGGAAAUUCUCAUGUACAAGGCUGGAUACAGAUCAGAACAAAUUAGAUGAAAGCUACGUAGCUUAAGCCCUCUCGCCUCUGAUUCUGCGAGCGUGUUGAAUAUCCCAAGGUAUAAUGGUAACUCUCCAUGAAUGGCGCAGAAGUUGGUGACCUCGAAAAGACCAACCAGAUAAGCUUUAAUAGCUUCUUGAAGAGCAAAGACGGCACUGUUCUGAAACCUAAGAUCAGUAUUGAAAUCCUAAGCAAUUUCUCUCACUGGUCUUUAGAAUGGAAGCUUCCGAAUAAGAAGCUCGGUGCUCUUUUGGUACUUUAUGAUCACUCUUAGAGCCACUGUUCCCGGCCUGAAGCGAGGCUUUUUGACUCUACUGGUGGCCGGAGUUGACUUUCGAGCAGCCUUCGUUGCCAAUUACCUUCUCUGUGCCUUUCCUCCUGUAGACUUACGUGCGGCUUGCUUUGUACGAGCCAUUAUUAUCGUCUUGCUUGAAAUUAACAAACGUAUUAGGGUUAAAUUGUAUUGGUAAAGAUUAUAUGAUUGUGGUGUUGGUGUGAAGGAUUUGAUAAGGUUUAUGGUGUAUAUAUAACGGUGGAUUUGGAAAAAAGUGUAGAGAGAAAUUUU